AUGAUAGGACUCACUGGUACAUACGAACAAAUAGCAAAAGUUGCAAAAAGUUAUCGAGUUUAUUUCAGUCGUCCACCUAAGGUAAAGCCUGGUGACGAAUAUUUAGUAGAUCAUUCAAUAUUUUUUUAUUUAAUGGAUCCGAAUGGUCAGUUUGUUGACGCUUAUGGAAAAAAUACUACCGCUGAUAGUGUUACGGAUAGUGUUAAAGGACAUAUUAAAAAUUUUAUUGAUAGGGGUGGCGUAAUUAAGAAAUUGGAGAAUAUAAUAGUAGUGCGGGAUGACGUUGAAGCCGUGCAACGGCAGAAACGUGAAUUAAAGGCCGAAGGUGACAGGAUUUUUAGGGAAACCCUUAUCAAUAUUGGGUAUUUUCCUUUGACGUCUGGAAAAAGAAAUGUUUUAAAACAAACUCAAACAAUGUCUAAUCCUUCAGCAGAGAAUAAUAGUAAUAGCAUUGCUGGCAGUAUUAGAUUAUUAGGAACUAGACUUGUAGGAUUUGGAAGUGAUUACGGUGAUUAA